AGGGGUGGAGACCGACGAGGGGACGGUCAAAGAGCGGGUAGGAGGGCUGGAGAGAGCGAGAAGAAAGAGGAGGAGAGAGGGAAGGAAGAAGGGUGGCGAGGAGAAGCAGCGCUGAGGACCCGGAGCGGAGGAAGGCGCGCAGGCCGCAGCGGGAGCAGCGGUGACAGCGGGCUCGGGGCCGGGCCGCCCCAGCGAGCAAGGCGCAGCCAUUCCACUUCUCGGGGCGCCGCCACCGCCGCCACCGCGCCCGGGGGCCAUGCUCCCGCCACCCCCGCGCCAGCCACCGCCCCAGGCGCGCUCGGCCCGCGGAUCCCUGCGCCUGCAGCGGGCCUUCCUGCGCGGCCCGUGGGGUGUGCUGCGUUUGCUGCAGCUGCUGGCGGGAGCCGCCUUCUGGAUCACCAUCGCCACCAGCAAGUACCAGGGCCCGGUGCACUUCGCGCUCUUCGUGUCCGUGCUUUUCUGGCUGCUCACCCUGGGGCUCUACUUCAUCACGCUGCUGGGCAAGCAGGAGCUGGUGCCCGUGCUGGGCUCGCGCUGGCUCGUGGUCAACGUGGCACACGACCUGCUGGCCGCCGCUCUCUAUGGGGCCGCGACGGGCAUCAUGAUCGACCAGACGCAGCGCCACAGCUACUGCAACCUCAAGAACUACCGACUGCCUUGCGCCUACCAUGCCUUCCUGGCGGCCUCCGUCUGCGGCGGUCUCUGCCUCGGCCUCUACCUGCUCUCGGCGCUCUAUGGCUGUUGCCGUCGCUACCAGGGCAAGGAUGAGGUGGUGUGAGGCCGCCCGCUCCCCACUGCGGCCCAGAUCGGUGCGGGGAUCCCUCCCGAGACCUUCCUGCCGCUGCCCCGUGCCGGUGCGCCCCUGCACCCUCUCCCUGUCUGUGAUUCCACUACCCGCGCCCUGGAUCCCCGACGUUCAAUUCCAGUCUGACUGCUGCACAGCAGCUCAGUCCAGCCAUCAGCUUUCAGGGACCGGCGCAGCUAUCCGAGACCCUGACGCACACACUCAGAUGGGCUGCCUCAGGCGAAGCCUUGAAGUCCCUCUCCCCAUUCCUUGUCUAGAGCUAGACGUGGACAGGCGCCGCUGCGUAGAUCCGGGGGAGGCUCCCAAAUUGGAACCAGUCUUUGGGCUGCGCCACUGCCCCCUCCCUCCUGCCCUGCAGUCGGAAGAGCAUCCCUUCCCUGCCCCCUCUCCCAGCCUAGGGUGCUGUAGAAUACAGUCAGGCAGCUGCCAGCGGAGCUGGGAACAGGCCUUAGCUGGUGCUGGAAUGAACGACGUCUUUAGUUACAUUUUGGAUCUCUCCCUGCGCAGCCCUACAUCAUCGAAGUCUUUGGGAGGGGCGAGCUACAGGAGUGGUGGAUAGCGGAAGCCCGCUGGCUGUACCUUAGUAAACAUUGCGAGUAUCCCUGCAUUUUUUCCUUGGGGUUCAUUCAGAUCAGGCCAAAAGUACUAACUUCUCUCGUCUCUCAGAUGUCACUCACCAGCUUCCGCUGCACCCCACCCUUAAAUAUGUUUGUAUUAGUGUUCCUAUGUGACCAACAACGAUUGUUAAGGUGAUGCCCAUCCCUUUGGGGACCCAGAUCUCGCGCUUGGGAACAGCUAUUUUAAGAUAAGAACCACACCCUUUCCUCUAAAGCAGUAUGUUCUCUAGGGAGCCAGUCAGGUACUACCUCCAAUAGAAGGCAAAUGGGUCUGUCAAUGGUGCUGUCUGCCCGUGAAGAUUCACAAGGCCAGCAGGAGGUCUCAGAAAUCCCGAAGGUCCAUGCCCACACGUGGUCAUUUAGUUUACUAAGUUACUACUACUGGGCUUGAGCCAUUCCCACCCCAAGAUUGUCCCGUGCUGUGUGGGUCAUUGCCACAAUUUGACCCACUGAAAUUAGGAAACGCCUCUUUCGCUGGGAGUUUCUCUAACUGGGGGUCCACCCAAUGACAAAAGAGCUGGAUGUCCUUCACUAGUCAGAGACCUGAGGACUGUUGAAUAUUCUUUCACAUCGCUGGGAAAAAUGAAGCGAAGGUUGUCCAGGUGGUUUCCCGGUCAAAAUGGCCAUCAUUCGUAAGAGAUUCCAGCACUGACUCUGAGCAGCUGGUGGGGUGAGCUCUGCCACCACAUUGAGAACUCUCUGGACCUGGGGUGGACAGCUGGUGCCACCUCUAAGGUUUUCGUGUUGCUGAGGCCUCAACGACUCCACUGUGGUUAAGCUGCCACAGCCCUGCCUACUUGGCUACACUUGUUUACCCGGGGCCAUCAGAAGGUUUGGGAGUCUCCACUGCUGUGGGACAGGUUUAGAACAAGAAGUCUCUCCUUUACACUGUGUGGUGGAAGAGCCGUGGUGGGGAAGGCUGACUUCUUCUCUGAUGAGAGAGGACUCCCGAUUUCCUACAUUAUAAUUUUGGGCCCAAGAUUCUAGAACUUGGGACUGAUCUCUGCCCAUUCCCAAAACGAUGUGUCUCAAUCCCAGCUCGCAUCCUUUACCUGUUUGUCUUUUGUAGAUCACCUAGCUCAGGUCCAGUUCCCUGAGGAGCUCAGCCCCAGGGCUCCGGGUCUGUGGCAGGUGACCUAAUCAGGGGCACACAUCUUGGCCUUGCCAGCGGUGCCUCAUCCUCCCAGAUGUGCCUGGAGCACUCCAGAGCUCAGAAGCUCUUCCUGAUGUGCCUUCAGCUUGACCUCCAGCAGCUUGGUGGUCCCUCAGUCUGCCACGCGUGAGAAGGAUGGAUGGGACUGUUGGGCCACCUGCCUUUCCUCAAAUGCCACAGAAUGACCAGCUGAUGUGGCCUGGAGCAUUUGGAUACUGGCAGUAGUCUCCUGGGCAUACCUCUCUGACACCAGGACCCGGGCCAGGCCAAGACCACGCAGACAGCUCCCAACUACAAGUCUGGGGGCUCUUGUGGGUCCAGGGGACAAUUUCAAUAGUAUGCACAAAGGCCAGGAAGGGGUGGGUUUUUGUAUAGGGAGGGUGACUGGA